AUAAUCGAAACAAUUGCGAAAUGAAGGUCCUAACUCUUCUCCUCCUGACUGCCUUGGUGGCAGUCGCUUCCGGCCGCCCGAACGGCGGUUGGUUUGGAAAUUUUGGCGGCAACUGGGCCAGGAAGUUCGGCUGGGGAUCCUCCAAUGACGAGGAAAGCGUGCAGGAACAGAAGUGGAAUAGCCAGAAUCAGUGGAACCCCAAUGGCAAUGGUCAGGGUCAGUGGAAUGCCGGCCAUGGUCACGGACAAUCUCACGGAAAUAACCAUGGACACGGAAACAACCACCAUGGUAAUCAUGGCAACAAUCAUGGCCAUGGUAAUGGUCAUGGUCACGGUGAUCACCGUCCUCCUCCACCACCACCACCAACGGAUCUGCCUGAGCUCACCACCGAGGACGAUAUUGUAUCCACCACGGUUGUAACCAAUCCCGCAGAGGAGACCACCCUGGCUCCCGAGCUUCCAGAGGAAUCUACCACCCAGGCACCAGAGGAAAUCACCACUGGCUCUGAGGAAGGUAGCGGUUCCGCAGAAGAUAGCACCACCCUGGCCCCUGAAGCCCCUGAGGAAUCCACCACUCAGGAACCGGAGGAAAUCACCACCGACUCUGAGGACGGCAGCGGUUCUCAGGAAACCACUCAGGCUCCGGAAGAAACUACCACUGAAUCCGAGGACGGAAGCGGUUCAUCUGACGACACCACUGUGGCACCUGAAGACCCAGAGGAUUCUACGACCCAGGAGCCGGAGGAAACAACCAGCGACUCUGAGGAUGGAAGCGGUUCUACCGAGGAAUCCACCACCGAGGCUCCUGAAGAGUCCACCACCGAGGCUCCCGAGGAAUCCACCACCGAGGCUACCGAGGAAUCCACCACCGAGGCUCCCGCGGAAUCCACCACCGAGGCUCCCGAGGAAUCCACCACCGAGGCUCCCGAGGAAUCCACCACCGAGGCUCCCGAGGAAUCCACCACCGAGGCUCCCGAGGAAUCCACCAGCGAGGCUCCCGAGGAAUCCACCAGCGAGGCUCCCGAGGAAUCCACCACCGAGGCUCCCGAGGAAUCCACCAGCGAGGCUCCCGAGGAAUCCACCAGCGAGGCUCCCGAGGAAUCCACCACAGAUACUUCAGCGGUCUAGAAAGUUGAUUUCAUAGUUCCCAAGGUUCCUGGUGCUUUUCCUCAGGAAUCGUUCAGAACUGGACGUUUCCAAGUAGCAAGGUUAUUAAACAAAGCGUUGUAAAACGAUCUAUGGUGCAAAUAUUAAACUGUUACAGCUAAAUUAUUAACGUGUUCUCACAGAACGACGUGAAACCAUUUCUAGGAUUAAGAUUGAAGUCUCAUGCAGCCACAUCGUGUUAUGUUGUCACGCAUUCGCCAUUUAGUUUUAUAGUUCCUACAAUCUGAACAAUUAAACCACCCAAAAAAGAA